AUGUUAGAUCCCAUUACUGGAAUAGAUUAUGAAUCAUGCCGAAUAUGCUUGUCAAAUAAGAGGUCUUUAUGUCCUCUUUUUAAAUAUAAGUUAUCCGGUAACUAUGCAGAAAUGCUUACAGCUAUUGCCGAUGUUAAGGUAUGUUCAAACGAUGGGCUUCCUGAAAAGAUUUGCCACAAAUGUUGCACAGCUCUAGAAAAAGCUUAUAUUAUUAAAACUGUUGCUGAAAGAUCAGAUCGCAAACUGAGGCAAUUAGUUGCAAAAGCAAAUGAAAAAUUACCAACAAAAAAGAUAGCAUUUGACUCCUUUACUGAUAUUAAAAGUGAAAUUGGACCUCUGACUGUGAAAUGUGAACCGAAAUGGGAAAUGGAAAUUGAAGUUAACAAUAAAACAGGAGCUCCAAUAAUAGAAACUAUCGAAGGAAGAGAUAUUGUUAUUGCCGAUACUGUUAUAAGAAAAGUUGAUUCAAACAAUGAUUUCAGUUCAUCAAAUGAGAGCAAGAACUUUGAUUCUGAUACAGAUUUUCUUGACGAUCAUAUAUUCCGUGACGAUGAUGAUGAUGAUUAUUUGCCUCCAGUAGAAAAAACUAAGAGUAAAUUUAAGAAGCCGACAUUGGCAGAUAUAAAGGUUUUUAAAGCCAAGAAACCGGUUGUAAGGAAAGUAAAAGUGAUAAAACAGUACAAACAAGAACCAAUAAAUGAUGAAGACACAAAUGAUGAUUAUUUUGGUGAUAUGAAAUCAAAGACAACUACAAUCACAUGUUAUCCAGUUAAUAAAAGUGGUGUAAGAGGACCACCUGUACUUCUCAAGAGGCCAAAGGAUUUAACAGUUUUAAAAAUUCAGAAAAAUUAUCAGACCAAAAUAGAACCGAAAGAUCGACCAGCAAGAAGCAAUGGUACUUUAAGAAGAGUUAAUAAUCCAAAGGGAGUUUUGAAAGAGAGAGAAAAACUUGUUUGUCCUAUUUGUGGAAUCUUAACAUUCAGUUUAGGCAACCAUAUAGCUACUCAUGAAGAAAAGAAAAAAUUCACAUGUUCAGAAUGUCCUCGGUCAUUUGUGCAAAAGAGUAAUUUAUUGGUGCAUCUAAAAAAACAUAAUGGAGUCAAGGAUCAUAUUUGUGAAGUUUGCGGAGCUGGGUUUUAUACACAGAAAUCAUUAGCAAGGCAUAAUCUCAUACAUAAAGGAGAAAGACCAUUCCCGUGUAAUUUAUGUUCUAAAAAAUUCAUUGCACGUUGUGAUCUCAACCGCCAUCUUCGUAUCCAUGCUGGUUAUAAGCCGUAUAAGUGUGGGACAUGCGCUAUGUCCUUCAACGCUAAACAUCAGUUACAGAACCAUGAAAGAAUGCAUACAGGAGAAAGACCGUUUUCAUGUCAGAUAUGCAACGUCGCGUUCAGUUAUAAAGUGAACCUUAAUAACCACGUAUACAAAGUGCACGGUAUCAAUUUGAAGUUCAAAUCCAUUCACACUGUAACUGAAGAGGUUCUACGUCGCGAACUGGGAUUAGCAAGUGAGGCUGCGGUCGCGCAGAUGAUGCCACAUCUUGAUAGAAUGACAGAUGUACCUACACCCGCUGCACAUGAGACCGUUCAUCAUACUGUUGACUUCACAGUCUAG